AUGGGUUGUACUUCGUCAAAAGAUCAAGAUUCUAAUUCUAGGUCAAUUAAAGAUGCUUUAGUGAGUGUUGAAAAAUCGGAAUAUCGAGAGGGGGAUGUAAUUACUUUCACGAUUCCCUUUAUCAAAAACAGUAAAAGACCUUAUUUGUUAACAAACAUCAGUGAUAAUGGUUUGUAUGAAUUUGCGAUAAUAACCACAAAAGGGAAACAAGAUGAAUAUCAAUAUGGUGUCAAAUUAAAAAAGAAAAGUUUCAUCAAUUACAAUACGAAAGUUUAUAUCGAUGAUUUAACUCUCCGUAAUUUAACGAAGAAUAAACUUCGUGAUGAUCAACUUAAAAGGCGAGAUUUUGAGAAGUUUAAAGAAAAACAAAUCUCCUUCUUUGCUAAUACUGAACAAUAUGU